UGUUAUAGAAGCUGGCUCCGGCUAUACAAUAAUAAACGCAAGAUCGUGAGAUUUCUAAAUGCAAGAGUGAUCUGUGCUUAAGGUACUCUUAAAACCAUGGCAGACGAAGCGAAACUUCAGAUCGCCAUCAUCGGCGCUGGUAUCGCCGGUCUUGGUGCAGCCAUCGCACUAAAACGCCACCCCGCCAUCGACGUGCAGAUAUACGAGAAAGCUCCAGAACUUAGGGAAAUAGGAGCAUCUAUUGCGCUCGGACCUAACGGGAUGAGAACUUUGGAACGGCUUGGCGUUGAAAAUGCUUUAGAUGACGAAAUUGCCUUUCGUAACAAGUCAAAAUAUCCCAUGAUCUAUCGACAUUGGAAGACGAAUGAGAUAAUAUCAACUGAUUCUCACGUCGGUCACGUCAAGGAUCGUCACUUGACUGCUCGCUUCUACAGGGCACAUCUUCAGGAGGCUCUAGCUAAACAUGUCGAUCCCACCAGGAUCCAUUUUUCCAAGGCUUUUGAGUCGGUCGCUUUCGACUCGGCUAUCCAGAAGCUGCGGAUCGCAUUUACGGACAAGACCACCGCCACGGCCGAUAUAAUUCUCGGCGCGGACGGGAUCCACUCGGCAGUCAGAACUUUCUUCGUGCCUACUUCCAGCACGGCGUGGACGGGAUGGGUAGCGUUCCGGUCCGUAUUCCCUUCCUCCCACGUAGCGCACAUCCAGGACCUCCCGGACGAAGCGACCCACUUCUGGGGACCGGACCGCACGUUUUUCGUCUCGAGGCUCGGGAGGGACCUCUUCACCGUGGUAGGAUCGUACCAGGCCGAUCCCGCCGCCCCGGACGCCCCGUACAAGGACUCGACGUGGAACUCGGACAGCGACGUCGACGUGCUGCGGGAGUUUUACAAGGACUGGUCGCCGCUCGUGCGCCGGAUCGUCGACGCGGUGCCCAGCACCAGGGUGUACCCGAACGCGGCGGCGCACCCGCUGGAGACGUGGGUGCUCGGCGACGGAAGGGUUACGCUCGCCGGGGACGCGGCGCACGCGCACGGGGGCGCGUUCGCGGCGGGCGGGAGUCUCGCGCUCGACGACGCGUGGGCGUUCGCGUCGGCGAUCCUGCACGUGUUCCCCGCGGAUGCGGCGGCUAGUGCUUCUGGGAAGCCGAGCGACGCGGAGAUACGGCGGGCGCUGCGCAUUUACGAGAGGACGCGGAAGCCGCACACGGACCGCGUGAUGAGCGUCGUCCACCAGACCAACAAGAGCAAGGUGGCGAGGUACUCGAGGGCUGCGGAGCCGGAGACGGACGAGCAGUUGAGGGCGCGGAUAAAGAACCGCGUCGACCCGAGCUGGAUCCACGAGCAUGACGUUCAGGCGGCGUUCGCGCAAGCUGUUGCGGAUGAAGUUAAAGCUGGGAUUGGGGCUGUUGAUCGAGUCUCGGUGGGAGAACAGGCGAGGCUGUGACCUCUCAAUUCUUAACUUUUAAGUC